CAGUGUCGCGUUCAGUCAGCACCGAACCGAAAAGAGCGGCGCGGCGGCGGCCCCAGCAGUAGCGGUGGCCUGGUGCUGUGCGAUGGCGGACAUGGAGGACCUGUUCGGCAGCGACGCGGACAGCGACGCGGAGCGCAAAGAUUCUGACUCCGGAUCCGAGCUGGACUCCGACCAGGAGCACGCCGCGUCGGGCAGCAACGCCUCCGGGAGCGAGAGUGAGCAGGGCGAGGCGGACGCGGGGCAGCCGAGCAACAAGGAGCUCUUCGGGGACGACAGCGAGGACGAGGGAGCCUCGCGCCACAGCGGCAGCGAGGACCCGUCCGAGCCUUCCGACAACAGGUCGGAGGCCUCGGAGCGCUCGGACCACGACGACAACGACGGCUCCGACGCGGAGCAGCGCAGCGGCUCGGACGCCCAGCGCGAGGACCCGGACGACGGCCCCCGCUCGGAGGCGGGCGGCUCGGACAAGGCCGGCUCGGAGGAGGACGGGUGGGGUGCAGAGGACAGGAGCGAGCCGUCGGACGAGGAGGAGCCGGCCGCGGCGUCCGAUGAGGAUCGCCUGCCCAACUCCGACGAGGAGGACCGGCCCACGCUGUCCGAGGACGAGGGGCCGCCGCUGUCCGAGGAGGACAAGGCAGACUCCGAUGAGGAGCAGCCCGCGGCGUCCGACAACGAGGACGAGAAGCAGAACUCUGAGGAUGAGGAGCGGCCACGGGGCUCUGCCGAGGACAAAGCGCAGAACUCUGAGGACGAGCGGGCCCUGGCCUCGGACGAGGACCGCAGGCCGUCGGAGGACGAGGAGGAGGAGCAGGAGCGCAAGUCAGAAUCCGCAAGAGGCAGCGAUAGCGAAGAUGAAGUCUUACGUAUGAAACGCAAGAACGCGAUUGCUUCGGAUUCUGAGGCAGACAGUGACACCGAGCUGCCCAAAGACGGCAGUGGCACUAUGGACCUGUUUGGAGGUGCAGACGACAUCUCUUCUGGCAGUGACGGGGAGGACAAGCCACCCACCCCGGGGCAGCCCCUGGAUGAAAAUGGACUGGCUCAGGAGCAGCAGGAGGAGGAGCCCAUCCCCGAGACCAGGAUAGAGGUGGAGAUACCCAAAGUGAACACUGACUUGGGCAACGACCUAUACUUUGUCAAACUGCCCAACUUCCUCAGUGUGGAGCCCCGACCUUUUGAUCCCCAGUACUAUGAAGACGAAUUCGAAGAUGAGGAAAUGCUGGACGAAGAGGGUAGAACCAGGUUAAAAUUAAAGGUAGAAAAUACAAUCCGGUGGCGGACACGCCGCGAUGAAGAAGGGAAUGAAAUCAAGGAAAGCAACGCUCGCAUCGUCAAGUGGUCAGAUGGCAGCAUGUCUCUGCACCUGGGCAAUGAGGUCUUUGAUGUGUACAAGGCACCGCUGCAGGGCGACCACAACCACCUCUUCAUCAGGCAGGGCACGGGCCUGCAGGGACAAGCCGUCUUCAAGACGAAGCUGACUUUCAGACCGCACUCUACAGACAGUGCCACGCACAGGAAGAUGACGCUAUCACUGGCAGAUAGAUGCUCGAAGACACAGAAGAUCAGGAUCUUGCCGAUGGCUGGCCGCGACCCCGAGUGCCAGCGCACGGAGAUGAUCAAGAAGGAGGAGGAGCGCCUGCGAGCCUCCAUCCGCCGCGAGUCGCAGCAGCGCCGCAUGCGGGAGAAGCAGCACCAGCGCGGGCUGAGCGCCAGCUACCUGGAGCCGGACCGCUACGACGAGGAGGAGGAAGGCGAGGAGUCCAUCAGCCUGGCCGCCAUCAAGAACCGCUACAAAGGCGGCAUCCGUGAGGAGCGAGCCAGGAUCUACUCCUCGGACAGCGAUGAGGGCUCGGAGGAGGACAAGGCGCAGAGGCUGCUUAAGGCCAAGAAGCUCAAUAGCGACGAGGAAGGCGAGCCGUCUGGAAAGAGGAAGGCGGAAGACGAUGACAAGGCCAGUAAGAAGCACAAGAAGUAUGUGAUCAGUGACGAGGAGGAGGAGGAGGAUGACUGAGGCAUGAAAUGCACAGACUUUUGUAUCAGUUGUACAGUUUGUUUUAUAAAUAUGUAAACAUGAGCUAUUUUGAUUGAAAUGGAUUUGCAUUUGUGUAAUUUUAAUUGUAAUAAAAAAGCCCUUAA